GAGGGCCCCGCCCCCUCCCGCCCCCUCCCCAGGGCCCGCGCAGGAUGCCCUCGGCCCCCGGCAGCCCCCCGGGAAGCCCUGAGCUCGACGCACCCCCUCUACGCCAUGUCCCCCCCUGGCUCGGCCGCGGGAGAGAGCGCCGGCGGCGGCGGCGGAGGUGGCGGCCCCGGGGUCCCGGAGGAGCCCACGGAGGCGGCGGCGGCGGCGGCGGACGAGGGCCCCGCCCGAGAGGAGCAGCGUCCCAUCCAGCCCUCUUUCACCAAGUCCCUCUGCCGUGAGUCCCACUGGAAGUGCCUGCUGCUCUCGCUGCUCAUGUACGGCUGUCUGGGGGCCGUGGCCUGGUGCCACGUGACCACGGUGACCCGCCUCACCUUCAGCAGCACCUACCAGGGCAACAGCCUCAUGUACCACGACAGCCCCUGCUCCAACGGCUAUGUCUACAUCCCCCUGGCCUUCCUGCUCAUGCUGUACGCCGUCUACCUGGUGGAGUGUUGGCAUUGCCAAGCCCGCCAUGAGCUGCAGCACCGUGUUGAUGUGAGCAGCGUGCGGGAGCGUGUGGGCCGCAUGCAGCAGGCCACGCCCUGUAUCUGGUGGAAGGCCAUCAGCUACCACUAUGUCCGCCGCACCCGCCAGGUCACGCGAUACCGCAAUGGAGACGCCUACACCACCACCCAGGUCUACCAUGAGCGCGUCAACACGCACGUGGCGGAGGCCGAGUUCGACUACGCUCGCUGCGGCGUCCGCGACGUGUCCAAGGCGCUGGUGGGGCUGGAGGGCGCGCCGGCCACGCGCCUGCGCUUCACCAAGUGCUUCAGCUUCGCCAGCGUGGAGGCCGAGAACGCCUACCUGUGCCAGCGCGCGCGCUUCUUCGCCGAGAACGAGGGCCUGGACGACUACAUGGAGGCGCGCGAGGGCAUGCACCUCAAGAACGUGGACUUCCGCGAGUUCAUGGUGGCCUUCCCGGACCCGGCCCGGCCGCCGUGGUACGCCUGCUCUUCGGCCUUCUGGGCCGCGGCGCUGCUGACGCUGUCGUGGCCGCUGCGCGUGCUGGCCGAGUACCGCACGGCCUACGCGCACUACCACGUGGAGAAGCUCUUCGGCCUGGAGGGCCCGGGCUCGGCGAGCAGCGCGGGCGGCGGCCUGAGCCCCAGCGACGAGCUGCUGCCCCCGCUGACGCACCGCCUGCCGCGGGUCAACACGGUGGACAGCACGGAGCUCGAGUGGCACAUCCGCUCCAACCAGCAGCUGGUGCCCAGCUACUCCGAGGCGGUGCUCAUGGACCUGGCGGGGCUGGGGGCACGCUGCGCGGGGGCGGUGGGCGGCGGGUACGCGCCCGCGUGCCGCUACGGCGGGGUGGGCGGCCCGGGCGCGGCGGGCGUGGCCCCGUACCGGCGCAGCUGCGAGCACUGCCAGCGCGCUGUCAGCAGCUCGUCCAUCUUCUCGCGCAGCGCGCUCAGCAUCUGCGCCAGCCCGCGGGCGGGCCCCGGGCCCGGUGGCGGCCCGGGCUGCGGGGGCAGCCGCUUCUCGCUCGGCCGCCUCUACGGCUCCCGACGCAGCUGCCUGUGGCGCAGCCGGAGCGGCAGUGUCAACGAGGCCAGCUGUCCCACCGAGCAGACGCGCCUGUCGAGCCAGGCCAGCAUGGGUGACGACGAGGACGACGACGAGGAGGAGGCCGGGCCGCCGCCACCCUACCACGACGCCCUCUACUUCCCGGUCCUCAUCGUGCACCGGCAGGAGGGGUGUCUGGGCCACAGCCACCGGCCGCUGCACCGCCACGGCUCCUGCGUAGAGACCUCACUGUGACCUCCGCCCCCUCCUCCCCCGCCAGGCCCUCCGUCCUCCCUCCUGUCCCCCGUCGGACUGUGUCCCUGGCUUGUAGCAGGGGGAGUCAUGAUGGUGACUGAGGCUGUGCUGGGCGCGGCGCGGGGAGCCAGGAGGCGAGGGUGCGCGGGACGGACCCCGAUGGGGUCCGGACCCUCCGCCUUUCCUGUACAUAAAGGGACCGAUGGGUGGGAGGGGAUCGGCGGCUCUGGAGAAGCCCCAGCCCGGGCACAGUUGGCGCUUCAGCCCGCCGCUCGGUUCUUAGGGGGACACCUCCCCUUCUUCCACGCACACUCGCACACUCGCAAUUCCCGUCCAGCCUUUCAAUGGAUCUUCUGUUAGUGGCGACUGUGCUGUGUGGCACCGCGUGGGGCCCGCCUCAAGGGCGAGGCUUUGGCUAUGCAGCGGGGAGGUUUAGAGGCGUGGGGAAGGGGAACUGGGGCUUUCCUUCCUUCGCUGCCUAGCCCCACGAGGGCCUUUCCCUGCGGAGGGAGCGGUGGUGAACAGCAGGGCUGGCUUCCAACCAGCUAAUGAAUUUAGCGGGUCUGAGACUGGGGCCAGAUGUCAGCCCCGGCGCUCCAUCUCAAAACCGUGCAAAUGUUGCUAUCCUCUUCUUGGCGCUGGCCCCAAACAUCGGGGUUUCCUUUCUGCCACUCUCCACUGCUGUUUAUUUAGCUGGGUCCCUGGAGUGUGGGUCCUGGAGGGACUGCGCUCACACUGCUUGCGUCACCCUCCUCCCUUUCCUCUUGCUCUCUGGCCCUGAAGAACAGUUGCCCAGGGAGGAGGGAGGCAAAAUGUGGACAGUAUGCACCUCAGUCCUGUCUCUAAAUUCUGCAGCGCCAGGACGCGUGGGUUCUGGGAGGGCUCUCCCUUCAGAGGGGUGGGAUACUGCCACACACGAUCAUUAAAGCUGGUCAAGAUGAAUGCCUGGGUGGGAAGAGUGGGAGACAGACUCAGGUGGCAAAGGGGAACUCUCGUAGCAGGUGGGAGUGGGCAGUGGAGGGAGACGGAAAGGACCACCAAAGGUAGGGGUUUCUGGGAUGAAACCUUUCCUUGCCUUCCCCAGACUUGUGGGGGAUGGUGGUGUGAAGAGCGGUUUGUGCCCCCACACAUUACCUCUGCAGGGCUGAGAUUGUCUUCAUGAGUCCUGGCUGGAGAAAUACUCAAUUCUAGGGGCAGGGUCAGAGGCGGAAAUUCUCUAAAUCUUGCCCAACCCCUCUGUCAUCUAUCCCAUGUGCUGAAGCCCUGCAGCGUGUCCCAGGGUCUUCCAAAGGACACCCUGCUACCACCGAAAGUUGCGGGUCCCACCUGCUGUUCUCCUAAAGCUCUGAGGCAGCCUUUUCUCCCCCAGCACUCCCACCCUGAUGUGCUUCAGUGUGCAUGUCUAUGUGCCCCCUGCCCUCCCAACCCCACUGCCUAAUGCGUUCCCAGUGGACUCAGUGCCCAGGGACUGAGCUCACAUUUCAAGCUGGAGAGGAUAACCCUGGGGCCCGCCAGCAUUGCUCACCCCUGAUGCUCCUCACUUCACCGGAGCCGCCAGAGCUCCUUCCCCUCCUUGAGCCUCCUCUCCCAUCUUCCUCCAGCCUAGCCAGGACUACACCUGCCAAGGGCAUGACUGCCACCUAUGCAACAUCUCUGGCUCCCCGUACCCCUUUCUCCAGGGGACUUGGGAGGUUUGGAUUGUGGGGACACCAUGGCCCAUGGCCCAUUGGGAUUGAGCUUUACUUUCCUGUGGAGAUGGCUAAGUGGGAAGGCAGAGGCAGCCGGAGAACAGGAGGCUUGGGCAGGAGGGAACAGCUGCCCACUGAGUUUCCCUGGGCCUGGGCACCCAUGGCCACCUGACUGCUGUCACUGAACCUGCCUGAACCCCGAGUCUGUGCUCCUUGGGGCCCUGGCGGUUGGAGCACCCCUCUUUCCUCUGAAGGGACAUCUGUGAGGUCCAGGUGGUGAGCUGUGGCCUCAGGCCCCAGUUCUUGGCCAGCUGGCCCCGGAUGUCAUGCCCUUGUGUGGAGGCAGCCUGGCCACUUCCCGGCUCCAAAGAGGGAGGGACUCAGCUCCUUCUCCCUCAGGCCCAUUACUGAGAUGGAGCCUGAGCUAGGAGGAGGGGAUGGGGGAACGCUGUUAUUAUUUUUGCCUGUAUUGACCAUUUCUGCCUAGGUCUUCUUACACAGAAAGCCUCACCUUCCACACACGCACAGACUUAGAGAGAAACUGAUUCUUUGGUCU